CAGGACAGGGGGUGGAUGUGGGGGAGCAGCCGGGAAGAUAUCUAGAAGGAAAUAUAGAACAGGGGAUCAUCUGGAUGAGUGAAAUCAGAAGGAGCGGUGAAGUGUGAGAGGACGAGGAGCAGGUGCGGAGGAGAAGAGGCAGCCAAGGAAACUCGCUGUGACUUCGUGUGACAUGAGGACACGUGGGGGGUGAGAGCGUCUCAGAAUGGAGAGGGAAGGAAGAUGUGACUCAGCCUACAGGGCCAUGAUUAAGAGGGGGGAGUCUCGGGGAAGCUCGAGGAGGCGCAGACUCUUCUGGAAGCUCCGCCAACGUUGGAAACUUCUUGGUCUUUUUGAAAUCGAUAAGGAUCAUGACUUUUACCCGUUGACCUGUGACCUGAAGGAAGGACUGAGAGAUGCCGUUCAGGAUACCAUCCAGAGCGAAGCCACGCAGCCGAUUCUUACAGAUGAGGAUUACAGCGCUAAACUCACCCAGGGCCAUGAGGGCUAUGUUAUGAGAACAUACGCAGGGCCGGUGUUCAGACAUUUCCGACAGUCUCUGGGUGUAUCUGAGGAAAGCUACCAGAGAACUCUCUCUUCCUGUGGCCUGUACCUACAGUUUAUUAGCAACUCAAAGAGCAAAGCGGACUUCUUUCUGACAAAUGACAAGCGGCUUUUCCUGAAGACGCAGAGUAAGAGAGAGGUUCACUUCCUUCUGCGCAUCCUGCGCAAGUACAUCCAGCACUUCCAGUCCUAUCCACACUCCCUGCUGGUGAAGAUACUGGGCGUGCACUGUAUCACCAGAGCUCAGGAGAAAAAGAAAUACUUUAUCAUCAUGCAGAGCGUCUUCUUCCCGGAUGAGAGGAUCACUGGCCGCUACGAUAUUAAAGGCUGUCACGUGAGUCGCUGGACUGAGCCCGAACCAGAGGGAAGUCGGGUCCUGCAGGUCUUCAAGGAUCUAAACUUCGAAGGAAAUGUCAUUUGUUUGGACCAGCAACGUCCGUGGCUGCUUCGUCAGACUGAGCUGGACACUCGUUUCUUGCGGGACCUCAAUGUUCUGGAUUACAGUCUUCUCGUCGGAUAUCAGACCCUACAUCAAGAUGAGAAAAACCAGAGCUGGUCUUUAGCCAACCUAAUUGUCCGCACUAAAAGGUCUGUAAAUGGGACCGGUAGCCCCACUACAUCCCAGUGUGCUUCUGUUCCUGGCACUGUAGAGGAAGAAAGUGAAUCCACCGAACAAGAGGACGAUGGGACUGAGUGUAGUGGCACCCCUGACGUGACUUCUGCUAGGCGGGUGCCCUUGAAAAAAAUCGGCCAGCAGGCCAGCACGAUAUCCAACAUCUCUGAUGCUAUAGCUCAAAACCGCCGCCUGCUUCCUAACUACAAGAACCCGCUGCAUGUGAUGGACGGCCCAGAACUGAGAUACUUCAUAGGAAUCAUUGACAUAUUCACCGUCUAUGGUCUGAAGAAGAAACUGGAACAUCUGUGGAAGAGCAUGCGCUACCAUGGCCAGGAGUUCUCCACCGUCAGGCCCUCCCGGUACGCACAGAGGUUGUGCCAUUGGGUGGAGACGCAUACCGUGUAACCUUCCCUCACGCCCCAGCACAGGCCUCUCAGCCAAUGUACUGUGAAAUAGUCAUAUAUUCAUAGCCUUCAAGAUGCCGUUUCAUUGUGAAUGCCUUAAUUUAUAAGUAAAAAUAUUAGGAAUGAAGGUUACUGAGCAUACUUGUGAUAAUGGAUGACCAUAGACACCCAUCAGCCAUAACAUCAUCUGGUAACAAUGGCGCCUGUCAGAGGGGUGGGAUAUAUUAGUCAAACGGCGGUAGAAAUGGGCAAGCGUAAAGACCUGAGUGACUUUGACAAGGGCCAAAUGGUGAUGUGUAGACAACUGGGUCAUUCUCCAGAAUGGCAGGUCUUGUGAGGUGUUUCUACCAAAAAUAGUCCAAGGUCCAACUGGCUAACCAGUGUCAGGAUCAUGGACGCCCAAGGUUCACUGAUAUCUAUGGGAGGUGAAGUCUAGUCUAUCCGGUUAGAUCCCACAGAAGAAGAAAAAUUGCUGAAGAAGUUGGCACUGGCUAUGAUAGAAAGGACACACAAGACAUUGCAGGUUGCUGUGUGUCGGGCAGUGUAGCCGUAGACUGGUCAGAGUGUCCAUGUUGACCCUGUCCAUUGCCAAAAGUGCCUACAAUGGUCAUGUGAGAACCAGAACCUGACCAUGGAGCAAUGGAAAAGGUGUCCUGGUCUGAUGAAUCAGGUAAUCUUUUACAUUAUAUGGAUGGCCAGGGUGGGGUGAGGAUCGUGUGUCACUUAGAGUCUUACUGGCCCACCUGAGGAUCCUCCGGUGGGCCAAGGUCUGUCAAUAAUGGACCCCUAAUAAAACAGGACAAGGUCCUAUACACACACAGAGGGUGGGCCAUCAGAAUAAUUUUCUCUUGUGGGCCCAAGGGACUGCAGUCCGACGCUGGUCACUUACCUGGGGUAGAGAUAGUACCAGUAUGCAUUAUGGGAAGAAGACAAUCUAGCAGAGGCAGUGUGAUGCCCUGGGCAAUGUUCUGCUGGGAAACCUUGGGUCCUGACAUUCAUGUUGAUGGGAGACAUACCAUCUACCAAAACACUGUACAGGUCAAGUACCCCACUUCAUGGCAGCAGUGCCCCAUAAUGGCAGUGCACUCUUUCAGCAGGAUAACACAUGGUCAUACUGUUAAAAUAGUACAGGAAUGAUCCGAGGAACACAACAAAGUUCAAGUUGAUGUUAUGGCCUCAAAACUCCCCAGAUCUCAAUCCGAUUGUGCAUCUAUGGGAUGUGCUGGAAAAACAAGUCCGAUCCAUGGAGAUCCCACCUCACAGGAUCUGCUGCUAACGUCAGUGCCAGAUACCACAGGACACCCUCAGAGAUGAUGGGUCAGAGCUCUUUUGGCAGCAAA